AUGACUACUUUUACUGUUCGCCCGUCCAACACCGACAAAGAGGCCUUCCGCAUCAAUCUCAAUGCCGUCUCACUGUUUUCCAUGAAAUUAAAAUCCGGAGACACCUGUGAAAUCCAUGGGGGAUCUGUCAAUCCAUCCGACAGGAGAAAGCUUGCAAUCGCCUGGGAAGCAUCAGGCAUUAAGGACUAUGUGGUGCAGACGUCCAGGGUAUUACAGGAGUGCUAUGGUCUGAAGCUUGGGGACAAAAUCACCAUCUCUCGCACAGUCGGCCGGGUGCAGGAUGCCGAUGUAGUUACAUUCCAGCCUUCAGGGCCAGGCCUUCAGCCGGAAGCGGCCAAAUUCUACGCAAUGUAUGCAAAGCAUACGAUACCUGGAAUCCAUGAACAUCUGGCCAUAUCCCAACGGAUCGUGUUGAAGUUAGGAAUCGACAGCACUGAAUUCUUUGUUAAAGAUAUUGGUGUCGAAGGGGAUAUGAUUGCAAGAAUAACCAGGGAAAGUUCCUUCCGGAUAUCGAGCCCUGAAGACUCAGAACAGAUAAUCAACAUUGACUUCCGACCGGCGCGUCUUGGAGGUCUCGAGCAAGAAGUCAUCAAGCUACGGAAGAUCGUCCACAGACUACGCCGGACUACAGUGAGGCAGAGCUGGGCCACACAUCGACCCGUCCAAGGAGUUCUCAUCUAUGGCGCAAAGGGUACCGGAAAGUCCGCGUUUAUUCAGGCUCUGGCCGAAUCUGGCUGGCCGUCGGUAGUGAAUUGGGCGACCAGCAUCAAGAUCUCGCCAACCACAGAACCAAGGCUAAUCAUUGUCGAUUUACGAUAUCUAUCACGAGAGAGCCGGGAAACCUCCUCAAUGAGCCCGGCUAGCCUCCAUGACCUCUUCAAGCAGAUCAGGGGAAGUCCGACAUUGGUGGUCGCCGAGAUCUUACACCCUAAUGACAUCCAUCAGAGUCUGCGUGCUCAAGGAGAAUUCGAAGCAGAAAUAGAGCUGCCAAUUCCUUCGAUGCAGCAACGGAUGCAAAUUCUAAUUGCCAUACGAGAGAACGAAGCUUCGCCGGACGACGAGCUCCUACAGACCAUGGCUGAGAAGACUCAUGGUUAUGUUGGUGCCGACCUCUAUGCGCUUUUCCGAGAAACACUCGAGAUAGCCGCGGAUAGAGCGGAAAAUGAGAACGAAGAGUCUUCUCCCGGCAGUAAAGGGGCGUACGCGUAUCAGAGCGAAAAGGCGGCGCCCCUCAACGAAAAUACCGACUGGUUGGCGGGGACAAACAGCGCCAUGAAGCAAGAAAGCUCUCUUUUGCGUGUAUCACAUCAUGAUUUUGAGCAGGCACUACAAGAGAUUCGACCUUCAGCACUACAAGAGAUCUUUCUCGAAACGCCCACCGUUCGCUGGUCAGACAUAGGAGGACAACAUGAGAUCAAAAAACAACUACAAAAUGCCAUUGAACGACCGCUGAAGUAUGCCGAGAGGAUGCACAGGAUCGGUCUGCUCCCGAAGAAAGGGGUUUUGCUCUAUGGUCCACCAGGGUGUUCGAAAACACUUCUGGUUCGAGCCUUGGCUACUGAAGCAGGGUUGAACUUCCUUGCCGUGAAAGGCGCUGAGCUCAUAUCGAUGUAUGUGGGCGAAAGUGAGCGGGCAACACGAGAGGUGUUCCGAAAAGCAAGAGCUGCCAGUCCGAGCAUCAUAUUCUUUGACGAGAUCGACGCCAUUGCUUCUCGAGGCAAGAGUGGCAGCGACCUCAAUGUGCUGACAACAUUGCUGAAUGAGAUGGACGGAUUUGAAGAGCUUCGGAAUGUCCUCGUGGUUGCCGCAACUAACAAGCCCCAGAACAUCGAUCCUGCAUUGAUGCGUCCAGGACGAUUUGACAAUGUUGUAUACAUUGGCCCACCUGACUUAGAAGCAAGAACCGAAAUCUUCCAAAACCGCUUUGGAAAAUUCGCGUAUGAGCCGCAAACAGGAAUCGAGGAAGACGCCCAACAUUUCGCGUCGUUAACUGAGGGCUUUUCUGGCGCAGAGAUCGUCGGCAUCUGCCAGACUGCAGGCGAAUUCGCCAUGGAUGCCGACAGGGACAGCACGUUACCGGAGGAUAUUGAGAAGGCGAUCAAGAUGACGCCGAAGAGCAUUACCAGCCAGAUGGUAUUCGAGUUCGAAUCGUGGAACUCGGCAAGGCGGCGCUAA